UUUCCGCCCCAAGGCAAAUUUUCCAGAUCGCAGCGGAGCAAGGAGGAGGGCCGACGACGUCGCCAUUUUGUCGUCGCCUCGGACCGGGAAGAUCCGCCGAAAAGCGAAUCGGGCGGGCCGGCGCACGUCGGAGGAGGAGCGGCGGCGGGUUACGGGGCGGAGACGAGCGGGCGAGCCAUGGCGAGCUCCUGGCAGGACGAGGACGAGGACUUCAAGGUGGGCGGAGCCAGGGGGCUCGGCUCCAGGCCCAGAUUCUCCUUCUCGGAGAUCAAGAUGCUGCUGCAGGAGGUCAGGAGGAACAGAUACAUCCUCCUCAGGAAAUUUAAUCACGGCGUGUCGGCAGAAGCCAAGAAACAAAAGUGGGCCGAGAUCACGGAUCAGAUCAACGGCCUGGGAGAGAACCGCAGAGAGGUACGUCAGAUCAUGAAGAAGUGGGCGGACCUCAAAUGUGACGGGAAGCGCCGACUGGCUCUCCUGCGAGCUCCCAACGGCUCGGCGGGGAGGAGAAAGAGGAAGUCUCUGGACUCUGUGGAGAAGAUGGUCCACGGGAUCCUGCUGAUGAGUCCCACAGGAGACGUUGUCAGCGACGUGGACGGCGAAGACGAGGACUCCAAGUCGUGCGCUCCGGGAAGCGACGACGCCAGCCGCUGCUACUCGUACCUGGACGCCAACAACGGCUCGCUGUCCCUUCCCGGAGGACUUUCCCUGGACUUCUCUCCGCUGUCGUCGCCCGACAAGGAGCUGAGCGGAGACGCCUUCCGCUCAUCGGACGACGACGCCGAACCUUCCAUGGACUGUGACGACAACUCCACCUUCUCCGUCCAGUCGUCCUUCGCUCCGCCCAAGCUGGUCCACACGUACUCCCGACACAACCGCAACGCCGUCAGCACCGCCUCAAAAGAGGGCGACGCCGACUCGUCCCCCGCUUCGCCGCCGCCGCACUCGAGCGCCGCCUUCCCCGCCGUCUCUUCCUCGUCCUCCCCCUCGCUUCUUCCUCCCGCCGACGACGACUCCUCCCGGCCGGCGGCCUCCUCGCGCUCGUCCGACCGGCGCCCGCGCGCCGAGCGCUCGCCGGGACCGGACGCCGGCGCCGCGCGGCCCGAUGCCGGCGCCGCGCGGCCCGACCCGCUCCCGUCCGGCACCGCCGGCCGUCCGGCGCCGGCCGGCUUGGCGCAGCUGGCGUGUCACAGCGUGCGGCAGCAGCGCGCCAGUCGGCAGCUGCUGGCGUCGGUGUCGCGCUCGUUGGAGGCGCUGGCGCAGUCGCUGCGGGCGCUGGUGGAGAGCCAGCAGGAGUUUGUCAAGCAGUCGCUGACGUUGCAGCGGGAGACGCUCGGCGUGCUCAAGACCUUCUCGGGCGCCGCGCUCGCCGUGCUGAGAGACGCCAAGACGCAAGGCCCCGCGCUGCGGCCCGACAAGAUGGGCGACAUGAGCGCGUGACGGCCUACGCUCGCAAACAUUUGGAAGAUCCCUUUGAGCAGACAUUUUCAAGUAGGGCUGCAUUUUUUU